AUGGAAGCUCAAGGUCAACAGUGGCAGGGUUCAGAGAGAGUAAUGAAAGAGACAUGCUGGUCAUUGGUAUUAUUAUUUGCAUUUACUGUGAUAUUAAUAUUAUGUAACAAGUUAUGGUUGAAGCCUCAAAGGAUCCGAUCGGUGCUUAAGAAGCAAGGCAUCAAUGGACCAAAACCUUCCUUCCCUUUUGGUAACAUUUCUGAGAUGCAAACAAGCCAUCAACAAAUUCCUCUCUCUGUUGAUGCCUUUGACCAAUGGGUUUAUUCCCUCUUCCCAUAUCUUCAUACUUGGAAGCAACACUAUGGUUCAAUGUACAUGUAUUCUACCGGAAUCAAACAGCAUCUAUAUGUGGAGAAGCCCGAAUUAAUAAAAGAGUUGAAUCUACAUAGGUCCUUAGAUCUAGGAAGACCUUCUUAUCUGUCCAAACCAUUGAAGCCAAUGCUGGGUGGAGGCAUCCUUAGGGCUAAUGGAUUACAAUGGGCCUUCCAACGGAAUCUUAUUGCUCCUGAGUUCUUCCUUACCAAAAUUAAGAAUAUGGUGGAUUUUAUGGAAGAAUCUGCCAUGGAAAUUAUCAGAACAUGGGAAAGCCGUAUAACAGAAAGUGCAGGGGGAAUUGCAGAGUUGGUGAUUGAUGCCGAAUUGAAGGUUCUUACAGCGGAUAUAAUUUCAAAAGCUUGUUUUGGAAGCUCUUAUGCACAAGGCAAUCAAAUUUUUGCAAAACUGGCGGCUAUGCAAGCUGCACUAUCAAAGCCUAGCAUUUUAUUUGGAUUUCUAAACCAAAGAUUUCUUCCCACCAAGGAAAACAAAGAGCUAAGGAAGUUGGAGAAAGAGGUGGACACACUGAUACUGAAAAUCAUCAAUGACCGUCAAGUACAAAACCAAAAUAGUAGCAUAAAUGGGAAUCAAAAGGACCUAUUACAAACAAUAGUAGAAGGUGCUGCCAGUGCCACCACUUCAAAUAGUAGUGGAAAGGGUAACAUGAACAGAUUAAUCAUCGACAUGUGCAAAAAUAUCUACUUUGCUGGAUCUGAGAGCAGCGCGCUUGCAGUUACUUGGACACUGCUGCUACUUUCCUUACAUCCUGAAUGGCAACAACGUGUUAGAUCUGAGAUUGUGGAGACCUAUGAUAACAUGUUGCCUCAUUCAUUUCAUGACAUGGACAAACUUCGAAAGUUGAAAACAUUGACAAUGGUGAUUCAAGAGAGUCUUCGUCUUUAUGGGCCAGCUGUUAUAGCUUCAAGGGAAGCUUUGGCUGAGAUGAAAGUGGGGGAACUUGUGCUACCUAAAGGCAUAAACAUGUGGUUUUUAAUACCUGCAUUGCACCGUGACCCUGAUAACUGGGGGCCAGAUGCUAAUGAGUUCAAGCCAGAAAGGUUUGAAGGGGGUGUUUCAGCAGCAUGUAAGUAUCCACAAGCUUAUAUACCAUUUGGCUUUGGGAGUCGAAUUUGCUUAGGCCAAAACUUUGCAAUGAUGGAAAUCAAGGUUGUGCUCUGUCUUCUUCUGUCUAACUUCUCCUUUUCUCUUUCCCCAAACUAUAAUCAUUGCCCUGUGUAUAAAAUGCUGUUAAUGCCAAAAUAUGGUGUUAGGCUUCUUGUUAGCAAGCUUCGGAGGUACAUAGCAGAUCCUUCGCACGUGAUGCAACCGGAUGAUGUGGAAGUUCGGGAGAACUUAAAGACUCCCGUAGGACCACUAAAGAUUCUCGAUCGUGGCGAGAAGCAGCUGAGGAGCAAGAUCAUUCCGAUGGUCAAGGUGCAGUGGACCGGAAGGACUCCUGAGGAGUGUACUUGGGAGCGA